AUGUUUGGAAAAUCCAACAAGGACAAAGACUCGUCCCAUUCAUCAUCAUCCGAAGCACAAGAAAAACAGGAAGUGUCAUCAACAAGUGCGACUACAACAUUAAAUGUUUCACAACCAACAAAUUCCUCCCCAUCAAGAGUUUCAUUUGCAAACAUUCCUAAUGAGGCUAGUGAAACAGGUGGUGGUUCGGAUUCUUCAACUCAUAGCUCUCCAACUGCAGUCAGUAGUGGAGAUCGUGCUCGUCAAUCAAGAAGAAGACAUGGUUCUUUAUUUACACCAGGUACUACUGGUAGUAAUAAUUCAAGUCCUCUACCAUCGAAUCGAAAUUUAGCAACAUCAAAUACAAGUACUCCGAAUUCGACACCUGGUCGAUUGGGAGAAGAUGCCUUUUCACUGUCACCUUCUCUUCCUCCUCCAACUGUGAGAACUCCUCCACAAAAUCGAAUGACCGUCAAUUUGGGAGCUGGUGGACAGAUUUUUGAGAGAUUGCCUGCCAUGGUCAAUCGACAGAGUGCAAACUUCCAAAAGUUGAUGGGUGGAAUGUUCGGAAAGAAGGAAACAUUAACUAAGGAAGAAGAAGAAGAUAAACUCAUCAGAGACCAUCAUUUAAAUAAGCAAGAACAAGCAGUUUUGAAAGCUAUUAACUCGGAACCUACUGUGCUUGUUGAUAAAUUUGUGAAAAAAGGGUUUGAUUUGAAUCAUUUGAAAACUCUCAAUGAAGUUUUGGAUAUUGUGUCAAAAUUAGCAGCAGCAGAGGAGGGAACAGAAAAUGCAGUGACUGACGACGACUGCAAAUAUACAUUGUGGUUGAAUGGAUUUUUGGAUAAGGGCGGUUUAGAUGCCAUCAACGAUUGUUUGGCGUCGUCAGCACUCGCCUCAUCCUCUGCAUCAAUUUCCGAUGAAGAAAAGGAAUUGAAACAAGUGUAUUGUCUCAAAGUUGUGGAAACAGUUUUGAACUCUUCCGAUUAUGCAAGAAAGACAUUUAUCAAAAAGAAGGACUUGUUGAGAACCAUGGUUCUCGUUCUCGAUUCAAAAUCAUUGGAUUUGAGAUCUCAAAUCUUGCUCUUACUCUCAGUCAUUAUGAAUUUGACCAUCGAAGACAUUGAUGGCUAUGAAUUAAUUAUGGAUGCAUUCACAAAUUUCAAACUCAUCAAAAGAGAGCCCAAACGAUUUCAUUUCAUUGUGGAUAGUUUGAGUUUUUUAUCUGGUGAAGAAUUAGAUGUCGAUGACAUGUUGAACGGAACCAUUGCAAGUUAUGUAUUGACAUGUCUUGUAUUUUUCAACUCUCUCAUUACCGUUUCUCGUAAUGAAGGUGUGAAAAUUGCCUUGAUGCGUGAAUUGAGAAAACUCGAUCUGCAUCUAUGUUUGAAACACAUUCAAUUGAAGUAUGAGGUUCUUCAAGAAGAACAAGCUAUUGAUCCAGAAGACGACGACUCAACCAUUUCCAACAUUGUUCUUCAAAUUCGAUUAUUUGAUAACGCAUUCCAUGAAAUAUUUGACGAUGUGGAUGAUCAAACUGCUUUCGUUUUUGAAUUGGAUAACGUCGACACGAGCGAUGCUACCGAAAUGACCAGAGCCAUUUCAGCAUACUUGUCAUCGACCACUGUAUGUACUCCAAUCAGUGAAGAUGCUAUUGCCAAUGCUCAUGACAGUUUCAUUAAUAUUAUGAACUCUCUCUUGAGAUUUACAAAGUAUAUUGCCAUUAGUCAGAGUAAGGGAGCAAGUGUUGAAGAUGUGAACAAUCAAUGGAAAACCAUUGACAUGCUAUUGAAAGCCGCCAUCAAGGAAGAUAAGGCAAGCUUCACAACACCAAAAGAAAUUGAAUUGGACGGUCUUGUGAAAAUUCAACAACGAACCAUUCUCGACUUGGAAAGUGAAAUUAAGAAUACAAAGAAGGAACUCUUCCAAGCUCAACAAGAAAUUGAAAAACGUAACAAGGAAGAGGAAGCCAAGAAGAAGAAGGAAAUGUUCAGCUCGUUCAUGAACAAGGUCUCUGCUCUCUCAAAGGAAGAAGUUCUCAAAACGGAAUUGGACAAAUUGAGAGACGAAAAUGUUAAACUUCAAAGUGACUUGAAAACUCUCACUACCGAGAAGGAAGAAAUGGAAUCUCGACUCAAGGAAGUUCGUGUCAUUAAUCAACGUGCUUUGCGAAUGGAAGAAUUCUUAAAGUCACGAAAUUUAACACUCCCAGAUGAAAAUGAAAGUGUCACUACCAACGGAUCCUCCAUUCCUCCUCCACCUCCUGGAAUGGGAGAAGGUUUCGUACCUCCACCUCCUGGAAUGGGAGGUAAUGUUCCUCCUCCACCAGGCUCAAUUCCUCCACCUCCUGGAAUGAAUGGUUCCAUUCCUCCACCACCAGGCAUGGAUGGUAAUGUUCCUUCACCACCAGGAAUGGGCGGUGGCGUGCCUCCUCCUCCUGGAAUGGGCGGUGGUGUUCCUCCACCUCCAGGAUCUAUCCCAAUGCCACCUGGAAUGAAUGGUGGUGUUCCAAUGCCACCUGGAGUGCCAAUGCCACCAAUGCCAGGAGGUUUCGGAGUUGCAAAACCAGCUCUUCCAAAACUGCCAACUGUCAAACCAAAGAAAAAGACAAAGGUAUUCUUCUUUGACACAAUUCCUUCCUCCAAUAUUCAACAAACUAUUUUCAUUAAGAAUGGUAUUGCUCAAAAGACAAAUGAAUUAAUUACCAAGAUGGAUUUAGGAAAUAUUGAGGAGGCUUUUGAAAAAGUUGAAGAAAAAGUCAUUGAUGCCAAUGCUCCACCUGGAAGUGCAAAGAAGAAAGUUGAAGAAGUGAUCUUAAUUGAUGGAAAACGAUCAAACAAUAUUUCAAUUCAAUUUUCUGCUCUUAAAAAGUUGGAUGGCUCUGAAUCCGAUGAAGACAAAUGUAAAAGAUAUAAAAAGGCAAUUAUUGCCAUGGAUGAGAAAACAGUCGAUGAUAAUAACAUUGAAGUAUUGACUGGCUGUAUGCCGCUCGACGAGGAAAUUAAGAUUGUGAAAGAGUACAUCUCUAAAAAGGACGAACCUACUUCACCAACAGAAGAAGAGGGUGUUAAAAAAAUUCUACCAAUGGCAGAAACAUUCUUCACACAUUUACUUGACAUUCCUUCUCCUUUGCUUCGUUUACAAGCUUGGGAAUUUAAGAUCAAGCUCAACUCGAGAAUAGGAAUUCGUACAAAAUUGGAUUGCAUCAUUGAUGGUUGUAAGGAAUUGCAAGAGAGCACCAAAUUGCAUGAUAUUUUGGCCAUUAUUCUCACUAUUGGUAAUUACAUUAAUCAACACUCACCCAACAAGAAAUUGCAAAAUCUUUACGGUUUCAAGAUUAGUUCUCUCGAGAAGUUGAGUACCAUGAAGGGCCGAGAUCCAAAACAAAACAUGUUGCAAUUCCUUGUUCAAGUUUGUGAAGACAACUUCCCAGAUUUGAUAAGCGUCACAGAUGAUCUCAAAUCAGUUGUGACUUGCACACGUUUGCAAUUACCUCCAAUCGAUCAAGACAUUAAGAAGUUCCAAGAGGAUAUCAAACAAACUAAAUCCUUCUUUGAUCAAAUGUGUAAACUAGAGAGAGAAGGAAAGUUAGAUCCUGAAGAUCGAUUCAUUUCAGUCAUGGAAGAGUCCAUCUCCACUGCACAAAGCCAAAUGGAAAUUAUUGAACAAAAACGUCAAAAAGUUGAAGAAAAUUUGAAACUCACAGCAGCAUUAUUCGAUGAAAAAGCUCAAGACCUUCUCGAGAAGCCAGAUGUCUUCUUCAAUCAAAUUUAUCAAUUUUUGGAAAAUAUGAAGAAAGCUCAAAUUGAAUUGAAAGCCAAACGUGAAAAGGAAGAGAAGGAGCAACAAAAGAAGGCUCAAGAAGAUGCUAAAAAGAAGACUGAAAAACAAUUAGGUCUCGACAAGAAGAAGGAACUAUUAAUGCAACGAAAGAAGGCAGCUGCUACCACUACUGCCACAAAACUUUUAACACGACAAGUGAACAUUACUCCACAAUCUCCAUCACAUGACAUUUUCUCAAAAACCAAAAACUCACUACUUUCCACACUUUCCUCAAAAUCUCCAAUUCCAGAACAAGAAGAACCUUCUCAUUUGUUAUCUGUGUUAGAAAAACAACAAGAAGAAAAGAAGAAAUCCAACAAUUUCUUUGCAGGUUUAAUGCAAAUGUCAAAGAAAGAAGAAAAACCAAUUGAAAGACGGCCCACCAAUUUGAUGAGUUUGAUGGCCAAAGGUUUGACUGAUGGUUCUCUCAUGAAAGCAAAACAAGAGAAGAAGAUUUAUUAA